UCUCAGUAACCAGCCGCGGUUCAACAUGGCGGCCGGCGUCUGUGUGUGCUGAACGGCAGCGCUGUUGUUUUCCUCCUCCCUCCGCCAUUCUCCGCGCACACGGCGGCAGGGAGCGUUCACUGUGCCUCCACGACCCCCUGACGCUCCCCUUCCCCGGCUGCUGCAUGUCUGCAGCUGAAAGGGGGCGUUUUACUGAUAAUUUCUUCACCUGUCUCUGCAGCACCAUCAAGUACCUGACCUACUUCAGGUCCAGGAAGAAAUCUCUCCAGUACUGCAAGAUCAAAGACCCCAAACUGGAGGAGAUGGACGAGCAGAGCGUGGAGGGCAUAGCGGAGGUUUUCAGAUGUUUCAUCUGUAUGGAAAAGCUAAGAGAUGCCCGCCUCUGUCCACACUGCUCCAAACUCUGCUGCUUUAGCUGUAUUCGGAGAUGGCUUACUGAACAGAGAGCUCAGUGCCCCCACUGCAGAGCUCCCUUGCAACUCAGGGAGUUGGUUAAUUGCCGAUGGGCCGAAGAAGUUACACAACGUCUUGACACACUACAGUUAUGCAGCCUUAACAAGCAUGAGGAAAAUGAGAAGGACAAAUGUGAAAAUCAUCAUGAAAAGCUCAGCGUGUUCUGUUGGACUUGUAAGAUCUGCAUCUGCCAUCAAUGUGCGCUCUGGGGAGGGAUGCACGGAGGACACACUUUCAAGCCACUUGCAGAAAUUUACGAGCAGCAUGUUACUAAAGUAAAUGAAGAGGUGGCCAAGCUUCGGCGACGGCUAAUGGAAUUAAUUAGUCUUGUUCAAGAAGUGGAGCGAAAUGUUGAGGCUGUACGAAGUGCUAAGGAUGAACGAGUUAGAGAAAUCCGCAACGCAGUGGAGAUGAUGAUCGCCAGACUGGACACUCAGCUCAAAAAUAAGCUCAUCACACUUAUGGGUCAGAAAACCUCUCUAACACAAGAAACUGAACUUCUGGAAUCACUUCUGCAAGAAGUAGAACAUCAGCUUCGGUCUUGCAGUAAGAGUGAACUCAUCUCAAAGAGUCCAGAGAUUCUUAUGAUGUUCCAGCAAGUUCACAGAAAACCCAUGGCUUCCUUUGUCACCACCCCAGUACCACCAGAUUUCACAAGUGAACUUGUUCCUUCCUAUGAUUCAACUACAUUUGUGCUGGAAAACUUCAGCACUCUCCGCCAGCGUGCUGACCCUGUAUACAGUCCUGCUUUACAAGUGUCAGGCCUAUGUUGGAGACUGAAGGUUUACCCAGAUGGUAAUGGAGUUGUGAGGGGCUACUAUUUAUCUGUCUUCCUUGAACUUUCUGCUGGCCUUCCAGAGACCUCUAAGUAUGAGUAUCGUGUGGAAAUGGUACAUCAGUCUUCCAAUGAUCCUGCUAAAAACAUCAUUCGAGAGUUUGCAUCCGAUUUUGAAGUAGGCGAGUGCUGGGGAUAUAACCGCUUUUUUCGUCUGGACUUACUCGCUAAUGAAGGCUAUCUGAACCGCGCAAAUGACACCGUCAUUUUACGAUUCCAGGUUCGCUCCCCUACAUUUUUCCAGAAGAGUCGGGACCAGCACUGGUACAUCUCUCAGCUGGAGGCAGCACAGACCAGUUAUGUGCAACAGAUCAACAAUUUGAAGGAAAGACUUGCUAUUGAACUGUCAAGAAACCAGAAAUCCAGAGGUAUAUCUCCACCAGACAAUCAUCUCAGCCCCCAGAAUGAUGAUGGUCCGGAAGCCAGGUCCAAAAAGACGGAAGCAAAUCUAGAAGCUUCUUUACCUACUCCAAGAGAGGCCGAGGAGGAUGAUGAUAAAAUCCUUCAUGAUGUCUUUAAUCAGCAAGAUCUGUCUGAUGGGGACUUAGAUGUGGACCUGGCGGGGGACGAUGAAGUAAACCACUUAGAGGGAAGCUGUUCCUCUGCCAGCUCCACUGCCACCAGCAACACAGAAGAAAAUGAUAUUGACGAAGAGACCAUGUCGGGUGAAAAUGAUGUGGAGUAUAGUAGUAAUAUGGAUUUGGAAGAAGGAGAAUUGAUGGAGGAUGCAGCCGCUUCUGCUGGUGCCGCAGCGAGUGGACAUACCUAUGGUAGCAGUAGAACCUCAAGACGCACUGGAACCAACUUGAGCGCCUCCAGCAGCAGUAGUUUAUUGGAUCUGGAUCCACUUAUACUUAUUCAUUUACUGGACCUUAAAGACCGGAAUAGUGUUGAAAAUCUUUGGAGUCUGCAACCUAGGCCUCCCGCAUCAAUCUUCCAGUCUUCAGCAUCCUGUUCUCGCAAAGACAGAGAGGCGCGCACACAGACAUCAUGGCGCGUGUCUCCAGACUUCAAGAUGCUGAAGAGGUACAAGUCUCAGGUCCUUGAGGUGCGCAGCAAGCUUUCUGCGGUGAAGAGCCAGAUAUGUGAAGUCAGGAGCAGUAGUGCUGGGCCUAAUGAAGGCCAAACAAAUGGCAAUGGGGAGCUGGACGCUUUAGCAACCGGAAGUGGGGAAGGAUGUAGCAAGUUACAGGAACUCGGAAUGGAGUUGCUUAGAAAAUCUUCUCUAGCAAGCUGUUACGUGAGAAACACAUCCACCAAAAAAUGUAAUUCCCCCAAGCAUUCACGAACCAAUGAAAGAGCGGGAAGUCUUUCCUUACGGAGAGCAGUUGACAAUGGGGACAGCAGUCAUCGUGCCAAAGGAGAAUGCCAAGCUCCAUCUGAAGCUUGUGGCACUAGCGCCAAAAACAGCAGCAGACAUGGAUCACCAAGAUCUCUAGGUAAUGGAAGUCCUGAGAUACCAUCCAGCUCUAAGGCAGAAGAUAGACAGCCUGACCUCCUCAGUGCCGAAAUCCAAGCCAUGUGCCUGGAGAAGUCUAGAAAAAUUGUUACAUUGGGAUCAAAUUCAAAAGGAUGGAGUGUAAAGGAUACUGUACAGCCUGGAAGCUUAGACAGUGAUCAAGAUGCAGGUGAAAUUAACCCUAUGAUUUCAGAAGGAGUUUCAUCGUAUCCAGAUGAAGCUGGUUUAUGCUCCAAGCAUGUUCUUCACAUUUUGCCAGGAAUGAGUAGUGACAGCGACAUUGAGUGUGACACUGAAAAUGAAGAGCAGGAAGAGAGUAUAACCUGUGGCAGUUUUAAUGACCCUUUCGCAGCACAGCCUUCUGGUGACGAUCAAUCCUGUCCUUUUCCAGAUGAGAACAAUAUAAGCUCAGAAGACCUUCAUUUUGCUGCUGGAGACAACGGUGGAAGGUAAUCUGUGAGAACGUUAAGACAUCUCCAACUGAGCUGAAGACCACAAAACACUAGGAAAUUUAAGACUUCAUCCAAUCUAGGGGGCAUGUUCACUGCUGUAACAUAUUUAUAGAACCAAGGAUGCUACUCAACACUACACACAAGUCCUUAAUCAAAAGUUGUCACGGGCAGUAAAUAUGCAGGAUUAGUCCAGUGCAUCCGGCAUGGAAAUCAUUAUGUACAAUUGGAAUGUAAAUCAUUCCAUGCUUUCACAGUAUGCACCAGGGAAGAAACACUUGAUGGUUGUCUCUUCUUUGGAAGUCCUAGGUGGCUCAUGUAUGAAAAUUACAUCUUGUAAAAAGCAUUUAUGCUUGAUCUCCAGGCAGAUAGUGGUUUGCUAGACUUGGCUGACAGAAGCUAUACCACGCUGGGACUGUCCAUAGCUUUUGUGAGGACAGCACAGUAGAUCUAUAUUAGGUCAUAGCCAAGGACACAUUCUCGCGUUCUUAGAGAUGUUUAAUAAUUGAGAUAAAAAUCCAUGACAAACAUUGUCUUUCCGGUCCAGCACUGCACUAAUCCUAAAGAAAGCUCAAUUCUUUCUCAUUUGCAUGGCUGCCAAAGGAGUGUGAUCUGUAUAAUAUUUAAAAAAAAAUUGCCAUUUUUAGGUUCUGUGUCUCUAGAAAUACUAAGGGCAAUAGCGAACGGCUUCUCCCUUUUAAGAAAAACUGUAAUGUUAUCAAGACAUUCUUAGUAGAUAGGUGCUAGAAGACAACCAGCAAUAAAUACACUUGCAGCUUGA